GCACUCCGCUCUUCCUGAAGCGCUGGAGUCGUAGUUUGUGGUGUCUUCACUUAGGCCGCGGUGGCCGCGCUGUCUUUCGACGCUCGUUUUUUCAGAGUCCUUUCGGCCAUUUGAGACGAAAUGGCUCCGGGCUGGAAAGCAGCGGGCGGUGGCAAUGGAGGGGACCUCACUACAUCAGGCUGAGGGUAGGGAGGGAUAUUGAGGGCCCUCACAGUCGCUUGAGCCGGCCUUUUCUUCCUUUGAAGUCACUGUAACUACCGUGAGGAUGAGCUCUGCCUGGAGCGCUUCUUUUGAGAGGCAGCAUCUCUGGAUGUAUCUGCUGGCGCUCGGAUUCGAGCCGGGCCCGGCUACCAUCGCCUGCGGAAAGAUCGAGUCGCACACACACCUCGGAGUGAAUAUGUUUGAUAAACUGAACCGAGAUGCCUUUCAAAUAGUUUCUUAUUUUUUGUUUCAAACGCUGGACCAGUCACUCACCAAAGAAGUUUUUAAAUUUUGCUGGCCUCCAUUUGAUCAAAAAAGUGACAGUGAAUUCCGGAAACACUGCUGUGAGUGGUUAAAAAAGAUUUCUGCUGAAUGUGGAAAUAGCUUUCCUCAAGUUGUUGGUUCAUUGUUUUUGUCUCCUGGUGGUCCUAAGUUUAUUCAUCUGAUGUAUCAUUUUGCAAGAUUUGUUGCAUUAAAAUAUAUUAAAACCAAUUCUAAAAAUUCUUCUCUACAUUUUACAGAAACAUUUAAUGUAAAGCCACAAGAUAUGCACAAGUGCAUGGCCAGAUGGCAUGUUUCACGUAACAGAUUUUUACAAAUUUUGCAAAGAGAAGAUUAUGUUACCCAACAAUAUCAGGAAAAUGCACAAUUAUCAGUUAAGCAAGUACGAAAUUUGAGAUCAGAAUGUAUAGAACUGCAAAACCAAAUAAAAAAAAUGGAACCCUGUGACGAUGAAAGUAACAUACAAGAGAAAAUUCAAAAGGUUCGGUCUUUGUGGACUUCAGUCAAUGAAACACUCAUGUUUUUGGAAAAAGAGAGAGAAGUUGUUAGUUCAGUCCUUAGUCUUGUUAACCAGUAUGCUUUAGAUGGAUCUAAUGUCAUUAUUAAUAUUCCAAGGCUCUUACUUGACAAAAUAGAGAAACAAGUGUGUCAGAUGCAUAUAGGAAGUGUUUAUGAGGCUGGAAAAUUGAAUCUCUUAACAGUAAUUCAGUUGUUAAAUGAAGUCCUGAAAAUAAUGAAAUAUGAACGUUGUCAGGCUGACCAAGCAAGAUUGACAAUAGACCUUCACUACCUUGAAAAAGAGACCAAAUUGCAGAGGGAAAGAUUAUCAGAUCUGAAGCAUAUGAGGUGUAAAAUAAAAGAAGAUCUCACAACUAUAAGACAUUCUAUUAUUAGAAAGCAAGGAGAGUGGUGUAAAAAAUGGGAAGAGUUUCUUGGUUUGUCUCCUUUCAAUCUAAUUAAAGAUUGGACUCCAGCUGUGGAUCUUUUACCACCUAUGUCUCCGCUUUCGUUUGAUCCUGUGUCAGAGGAAGUAUAUGCAAGGAGUAUUCUUUUUCAGUAUCCUGCUUCACUACCAGAUAUACCUAAGCAACAUAAUGAAGAAAAGGAUCACAAAGCAGACAUUGAUACCUUGAUAGCUGUGUGUGAUCUAGCUAACAGUUCUGCCUCUUUCCUGUUACAGCCAGCUUCAUCAUCAGAUAGAAACAAUGUUACACUACUUGAAAAGAUGAGAACUCCCAAAGAAAAAAAUGAAACACUAUCUAAGAAAACACCAGAAUUUAAAGUGGAAGAUUCUUCAGUAUCAGAUGUUGCAAAGAAUACAGAGACUAGAGCAUUUGAAGGGUCUCUGGCUCCCCCAAAAAGUGAUCCUUUCCAAAAAGAGCAAGAUCAUCUGGUAGAAGAGGUUGCCCAAGCAGUUUUAUCUGAUUCACCACAGCUCUCUGAAGGAAAAGAAGUAAAAUUAGAGGAACUAAUCGACUCUCUAGUUUCUAACCCCUUCUUAACAAGGAAACAAAUUCCCCGAACUCCAGAAAACUUAAUAACUGAAAUUAGGAGCUCAUGGAGAAAAGCAAUUGAAGUGGAAGACAGUAGAAGUACAGAACCGAUUCAAGUGGAUACUGAACAUAGAGAAGUAUUGUCGGGAUCCCUACCUGUGUUGCAUAAUCAAGAAGAAUUCAGCAUGGCCAGUUUAUUCUCAGAUUUUGAUCAAUCUCAUUUGGCUGAAGAGAAAGUUGUUUCAGGUUGCAUUAAGGGUAUGCCUGAGAAAUAUGUGACCAGUCAUAAAACUGAAUCCCCAGUAGAAGAUCAGUCAGAUUUGUUAAAUAAGAAAAUAAUUUGUAAGCAAGAUUUAGAACGUACACCUUUACCAACCAAGCUUUCAACAAUCAGCCAAAUAGAGAGAUUUUCCCCUACUGUGGGAAAUAGAAUAGAUGUGAUAGGUAAAAGUGAAGAGAAGUAUAUUAAAAUAUUGGACUGCUCACAAGCUUCUUAUAAUGAACCUUCCAUACAUAAGACUAUGUUAUGGAACUCUUUUCAGAUAGCAAGUGAAAUUAGUUCCAAGAGUCUUAAGGAUACAGAUUUUGGCAUAUUACAUGAAACUCUUCCAGAAGAGGUUGGUCACCUAAGUCUUAAUAGUUCUAGUAGUUCAGAGGCCAAUUUUAAACUGGAAUCAAAUAGUCCUGUGUACAGAGGCAUUUUUCCAGAUUAUGUGGGAGAAAGACAGACUACUUCAGAAUCAGACUUCAAUUUACAGGCUAUUAGUAGUAGUUAUGAAGCUCUAAAGAAAUCUCUUUCCAAGAAAAGGGAAGAAUCUUACCUCUUUAAUUCUGAAGCACUUGAAACACACAAACCAGAAUCAAGUCCUUCACCUAAAAAUAUGCAAGCAGAUGAUAUGCUUAACUUUUUGGACACUGAUGAUUUGCUCAUUGAUUAUACAAAACCAUCUUUACGCACGUCCCUUGGUGAAAGAAAACAGUCUCUAUCACCACUAAUUAAGUUUUCUCCUGUGGAGCAAAAAUUGAAGAGCACAGUACCAUGUGGUCUUGGAGAACUUCCACCUAAUUUAAAAGAAGAAGAAAUCUUGAAUAAGAGCCUUGAUGUGAAGGAAUUUGACUUGACAAGAUGAAGCAGUAUUCAGAUAAUUGAACAAUGAUGUACUUAAUUGAAGCUGUGUCACAAAAUAACUUAUAACUUAAAUACAUAAAUACAGGUUGGAAAUGUAACACUCUUUUUCAAGGUCUAAAAAAAUUCUAAAUGCCUUUUAGUCUUUUAUAGUGUUUUUAGGUAAGGAAAAUACGUUUGGAUUUCUUUGUAGGGAUGUAAGAUUGAAAUGUGAAGUGUUUGGAAAGCAGAUGUCAAAUAUGGAAAGCCAUUCUGAUUGCUUGAAUCCUGUAUGCAUUAAGUGAAUGAUAAAAGUAGUAAUUGAAUUUAUUGUUAUAAUUUUGUUAAUUAACAUAAGGAUGAGUAGUUUUUGAUGUGCUUUCACUGGGUGGUUUAAUAUAAUAGCCACUGAAUAUAUUCAUCUUCCUUUUUAUGGAAAUAAGCCACUUUUUUGAUUCUUUAUGAAACAUUCUGGUACUACCCCCCUCCCCCCAAAAGUGAUAAAAAUAGUGCCUUGGGAUGUGUAGUGAAGAUGAUAAGUUUUAAGAUUUCAAAAACUCUAAGCAGGCUUCAUGAUUAUUCAAGUAGGUUGAUCCUGAGAAAUGAUGUUUGAUGGAAUCAAUUACAUAUGAUAAGUGAAGAAUGGGCAGAAUAUAUUUAGAAAAAAGGAAGAAGAUGGAAGAAAAUAGAAAAUGACUGGACACUUAAGGAAUACUUAAGUGGAUUAUAAAUCCAUUCAGUGGGUUGUAUUUAUAUUUAGUCUAUAUUUAGUCUAAUUUAGACUGAGAAUUUAAUCUUAGUUUAUAUUUUAACAAAAAUAUAAGUUAAAAAUUCAUUAGUUUGUUUUAUUGUUGGUUUUUCUGGGGGGAGGAAAGGGAGGUACUAUUUUGUAUUAGUAUUGAUUAUUUUACUUUAUUGCUCAAAAAUCAUUAAAGUCCCCUACUGCCUGCAAAGUAGUUCCAAAAUAACCUGAGAAAACAGAACUUGUCUUUAAGUAACUGGUAACUCCAUUCAGUCUUCUGCCUCACUUUGUCAGAUCACAUCACCUAGAAAUGAUCUUGUCUCUGGCCUCCAAGUGAAUACAUGCCUUCACCUCAUGAACCAGAAGGAAUGGAACAGACACUGGAAAGGCAAUCAUCUUCAGUACUUUCUGUAGAAUUCUGACACAUAACCAUCAAAAUUUUGUCCACCAGCCCCCAAGUAAUUGAUAGGAGAAAAGUUGACAGGAAGAGUUCUGAAAGUAUAUGGGCUAUUUAAUAGUUUAUCUUGGACUGCUCUUUUCUUUGUCUUAUCGCAGUUUGAAGAUCAGUCUUUUUGUGAGGAAAAAAAAAAGGAAAAAGCAUAUAUAAAAGUACUUUCUUUUUUUUUUUUUUAAUAUUUAUUUAUUUAUUUUUAGUUUUUGGCAGACACAACAUCUUUGUUUGUAUGUGGUGCUGAGGAUCGAACCCGGGCCUCACGCAUGCCAGGCGAGCGUGCUACCACUUGAGCCACAUCUCCAGCCCCUAAAAGUACUUUCUUUAUAGUGGAUAAGAGAAAGGAAAGCUCCUCCAAGGUGCUGUCUUUAUUAGUUAAUAUAACAAACUAGGAACUCUGCAGAUCUAGUUAAAAAUGAGAGAUCAUAGUGGAAGACUAAAGGAAAUUAUGUAGGAGAUCUAUGCCUUUAAAUUUGAACUUUGUUAAAAAAUUAUCAGUGACCUGUUGAUUUUUUUUUUUUUUUUUUUUUUUGGGUAUGGGGUAUUGAAUCUAGGGGCCACUGUGCCACAUCCCCAGCCUGUUUUUAUCUUUUAUUUUGAAACAGGAUCUCUCUAAGUUAUGUGUUUUGAUGUGCUUUCACUGGGUGGUUUAAUAUAAUAGCCACUGAAUAGUUUCAUCUUCCUCAUUAAAUUGCUGAGGCUGGCUCCUGCUUCAGCCUCCGGAGCUGCUGGGAUUAUAGGUGUGCAUCACCAUUCCUGGCUUAAUGGUUUUUUUGAGUAAGGAAAUGACAAGGACCUGACAUGACCAUUCUGUAGUCUGCUUUGAGAAAAUCCUGUAUCUGCACUUCCUAAAUUAGCAUCCUAAAUUAGGGAGAAGUUAGGACUAUUAUAUUAGCAUCUGCCAAGUGCCAGGGCCAUUGCUAGACACUUAAUAUGUUAUUUCAUUUAAUUUUUGUAACUGUGUAAGAUAGCAAUUAUGCCUAUUUUACAGAUAAUUAUGCUGAAGCCAGGAAGCUUAAAUGACUUGUCUGAGAUGGGAUUUGAGGACCAGCUGUGUUGGGAAUCAGAUACAUUUUAAGUAAUUCAGGUCUAAAACAGGAAUUCGAAACUGCAAUUUAAAUAUGCUCCUCUGGUAAUUCACAGGUUCAGUAAAAAACUUGAGAACCUCUGCUAAGAAAUUGUCAUAUUUAGCUCUGAAGUACCUUUAAGAAGCAGGCACACUAGUGUGUAUAUACUGCUGUAAAGAUAGCUAACUGAUCAGAAAGCUGGAGUUCACCAAUAAAGUGCAGGAUAUCCUUAAUUACUGAGAAUCAAAAGAUGAAAUGUUUCUGGAUGUUGUGGACUUAUCAAAUCAUAUUGAGUUUUACCUGUGAUAAGCUGAAAGUGUUUGACCUCCUUGUCCUUGCUGUGCCAACAACAUGACAAAAGCUCAAAUCUUUAAUUUCUUUAAAAUCAUUGUACUUGCUUGUAGCUUUUUGCCUUCAGCUUCUUUACUAUCCAUUUUCUCCUUUUGAUCAUGAGGAACUGCUUUGGUUACAUCAUUUCCUUGCUUAAGAGCCCAUUAAUAGUGCAUUGCUAAUUCUAGAUGAAUUCAAAUUUAAGGGCAUAUAAGAUUUCUUACAUAAAUUUCCUCUAGUCCCCAUUCCACUGUAAUCUCCCAUUUUUUUUACUGAGAUGUGUGAGCAUUGGUCUUUAGCAAUUUUGAUUCACAAUUAUUCUGCAGUUGGAGUAUCUUACCUUCCCCUUCUAUAGCUGUGUUGUAGCCUAUUAUUGCUAUAGCUCUCUUAAGGUUCAGAACAAAUCUUAUUUCCACCUUGAAGGCUUAAUUUGUCCUUUCCAAACCUACAUGCCUAUCCCCCUUCUCUGAAAUCUAUGGUUUAUCUUGUUAUUUGUUUAGUAUUUCAUUUAAUUGUAUAUUACCUUUUUUGUGGUUGUAUGUGCUCAUUAUAACAAUUAUAUCUAUACACAUACAUACCUAUACGUAGAUGUGUGUGUGUAUGCAUCCACAAGCAUACAUAAUACCCCAAGGACCAUGUUUUGUCAUUAACAAUUGUAAGUAUUAAAAUUGUUUGCCUCUUACUCAAAGGAAUAAAAGUAAUGUUAAAGAGGGCUUAUGGCUUUAGCUGUAUUUUUUCUUAUUAUUAGCUUACAUAGAAUGUACCUGUUCACUCUCUGCAAGACAUAAAGGUAUGUAAAUUGAUUUCUACAUCAAGUUUAAUCUUUAGAUAAUGUAAUAUGUACUAAUUAUUACUGUUUGUGUGUGUGGACCUGGGGUUCAAACCCAGGUCCUUGCACAUGCUAACCAUGCACUGUACCACUGAACCUACACCAUUAGCCCCUAACUACUUUAAAUGUUUAAAAAGGACGAACCUGUAAAGUUGCUGAACAUGAAAAAGUUAUCAAGCAGAAUAAAGAAUAAUUGAAGAAGAAUUUAGCUGAAAACAAAACAAAAAGUUAUUUUCAAACUUUUUUCUUAUCCAUAAAAUAUGAAGUCAGUUUUUUUCUAAAGAAAAAGUGGGAAUUCUUGAGACUUAUAUGAAAGAAAAUCCUGUUUUUUCCUUACUCUGAAUGUACUAAAAUAAAAAAUGUUUAUGGACAUUUUCUUCUACGUAAACGUAUUUGCUAAAGUUGAAUUCUUUUUUGCACAAAAUUCAGCUACAUAGUUGCUCUAAAGAUAACCUUUUUCCUUAUUGUAAACUGGCAAAUCCAUAUCCUAAGACAAGACUGUUUGUGAGUCCUGUGUGAGACUACUUGUAAAUAUGUUCAAUACACUGUUAUCUUUUAAUAAAUAUUAAAUAUUAUA